GUGUUGCAGCUUAUUGAGGAACACCUAUAAUCAUGAAGCAUAUUGUGUGACGCUUGCAGAUGAUAUACAGGACCAGCAGCGCACUAGCAGGAUCUUACGGUUGUGUUUUCAUCAGAAGAGUUAUAGACUAAAGCCACAAGGCAAAUACACACAACCAAAACAAACUUCCUGCUGAAGAGUAAAAGUAUCAGUGGACUUUUUUUGUGAGAGACACUGAUCUUUCCAGACGCAGGAAUGUGUGCAGCAAAAGUCAUGCCACUGGAUCUGUCCAUGCACACGCGCCUGAGUCGCCAUGCUUCACUGGAAAAUCUUCUGGGAUUGUCCACGUUUAGAUCCCAUCGUACUGUCUCCAGACCUAGCACAUACGAUUCUCUGCGUCCCAAAAGUCCUAGAUCCCCACAGACUCCCAUCUCCCCUUUGAGCACCCUAAACUUUACGAGCCCUUGGGGGACGCUCAAAAAGAAAAAACGAGUGGUGUUUGCAGACGAUAAAGGACUGCCUCUUACUGCGGUGAGGAUCUUUGAAUCAGAUCCCCCGAUCUCUGAAGUGGAGGAGAUUUCUCCACCUUUCAAAUUCCAGACAGAGUCAUCUGUGCAAAACAAGAAGCUUCGUCUCCGCUUGGGGUUCACUCAGCCUUCUGCCGAUUUCCCAUCAUUCCUUGAAAGCCUGACAAAAUCUCUGGUGCGUCUGGAGAGCUGCACCUUGAUCUAUGGAUCGCUACUCGGAAAGGUGAGGGUCUGCAACGUCAGUGCAGAGAAAGCUGUGCAUAUCCGCAUCACGCACGACUCGUGGAGAAGCCAACAGGACAUCCCGUGUACCCCUAUCCAAGAGAAGAACGGAAGCUCCGAGACAGAAAUGUUCAUCUUUAACGUUCCUGUUCCUUUCUAUCCCAAUGCAGAGGAUCGCCUGGAGUUCUACGUGACAUACCGUCUAGGAUCUGGCAACACGCUUUUGUUCGACACCAAUGGUGGACAAAACUAUCGAAUUCUUGUGGAGGACAUGGACUCAGAAGAAGUGGUGGAAAAAACGGUUGAGAAAAAACCCUUGAGGACCCUGAACAUCCAAAGCCCUCUGACGCUGAGAAACGGUCCCGCUCCAUACAAACCUACAAGCUAUAACUCAAACAUUUACUCCAAAAAUAUGCUGAAGACCUGGAGUAGGCAAGAGAACAUUAUCCCAAGAAGUUACUCACCUCCUGAUGCUGAGAAAUCCUUCUAGCAUGAGUGAUGGGUUUUGUGUAUAUUUGUCCAUUCUUAUUUUCAUCAGCAGUAGCUUUUGCCUUAGGCAGACAUCAAGAAUGAGCAAAAAAAAUCAGACAGACAGACGCUUAUGUUCGUGCCAAUUCUCUGCACUUCAUCAUGCUUGUAUUAGUCAGCGACAAGUCAGUGGUGAGACAGCGAGAUAGAUGUCUCUCUCUCUCUGGAACACUGUACACCUGUAAAACCAGAUGAGAAUUUUCUGAUAAGCGCUUUAUCACGGUCAGCCAAUUUCAAGCUGUGAGGGUCUUUCACUUCCUGUGAGGUAGCUGCACUCUAGCUCCGGUGGUGAAAUGCCUUGUAAUAUAACUGUAUAUAAAUGUGUAACAUAUAAUAAUAUGACUCUGUUUAAAUAUAUCUGUUUUCUAUGAAUGUUUGUUUAUGGAAAUAAAUAUUAAAGGCGCAAAUAAAUAUGUAUUCAAAUGUAUACAAGCAUGACUGUUUAUUUGGUGCUAGCAUUCGUCCACAAAAAUGAAAUAUGACUAGAUCAUUUGUCUUUAUGGCUGGUUUAAAAUGAUGGAGAUGCAAAAAGGAGACAGAAGACCAUGGGUUAUCUUCUGCACUGGGAAUAAAAUUCAACUUUACUCAGUUUUCCAUCUCCAAAUUUCCUCCUUUAGCUUCCCACUGGAAAUAUGAGGCUGAUAUCUUUAAAUUAUUUUCUAAACACACACACACAAUUUACUUUGCUCAUUUAAUCUACACUGGAAAUAUCUUUUAAACUCACUACACUGUCUUUGGCAAGUCCCCCUUAAAGCAUA